UCCAGUCUGCUAUGUUCGUGGUAUUCAGCGUAAUUUAAUAUAAUGGCACUCUGAAGGAUGGGAAAUAACGUCGUCAGGACAACAACCGAAAUUUAAUUUUAAAUAUUUACAAUAAAAAGUCACUUCAAGAUUAAUUUUAAGCUAUGAAUUUUUGGAUGGCUUCUAAAAGGGAACAUAAUGGAAGAUACAAACGUCGAGCUGAACAAAGAGAACCUUGUUGAGUAUCUUCGAGAUGACGAUACGUUUGUGGAGUACUUGAACACAUUUCUUUCAUCGCCAAUCAACUUCCAGUGCUUUGAAACAAGAGUUUACUACGACAAACAAUUUGGCCUUUUGGAAGAAUUUACACAGAAACUAGUCAAAGAAGAUUGUGGAAAUAUUCAAAAGAGAUACGAUCCAACCAGAAACGAAGUCCAGACCAGUUACUGUGUCACAGUUCUCGAUCACCUAUCGACUUUAAAAUGGUUACAAAAGAACAGAUUAGAUGAAUUCGCGAGAAGUAUGAUUUUCGCAGAAUACAAGCUAUCAAAAGCUCUUUCAUCUGCUCAGGCAAAUUAUUUCGAGAGAAUCACUGGAAACAUCUCACGAGGAAAAACAUUCAUUACUGAAAUGAAGACAUGUGGAAACAUCUCACGAGGAAAAACAUUCAUUACUGAAAUGAAGACUUGUGGAAACAUCUCACGAGGAAAAACAUUCAUUACUGAAAUGAAGACAUGUGGAAAUGUCUCACGAGGAAAAACAUUCAUUACUGAAAUGAAGACAUGCGGAAACAUCUCACGAGGAAAAACAUUCAUUACUGAAAUGAAGACAUGGAAAAAUAUCUCACGAGGAAAAACAUUCAUUACUGAAAUGAAGACAUGCGGAAACAUCUCACGAGGAAAAACAUUCAUUCCUGAAAUGAAAACAUGUGGAAAUAUCUCACGAGGAAAAACAUUCAUUACUGAAAUGAAGACAUGGAAAAAUAUCUCACGAGGAAAAACAUUCAUUACUGAAAUGAAGACAUGUGGAAAUAUCUCACGAGGAAAAACAUUCAUUACUGAAAUGAAGACAUGUGGAAAUAUCUCACGAGGAAAAACAUUCAUUACUGAAAUGAAGACAUGCGGAAACAUCUCACGAGGAAAAACAUUCAUUACUGAAAUGAAGACAUGCGGAAACCUCUCACGAGGAAAAACAUUCAUUACUGAAAUGAAGACAUGUGGAAAUGUCUCACGACGAAAAACAUUCAUUACUGAAAUGAAGACAUGGAAAAAUAUCUCACGAGGAAAAACAUUCAUUACUGAAAUGAAGACAUGCGGAAACAUCUCACGAGGAAAAACAUUCAUUACUGAAAUGAAGACAUGCGGAAACAUCUCACGAGGAAAAACAUUCAUUACUGAAAUGAAGACAUGUGGAAAUGUCUCAAGAGGAAAAACAUUCAUUACUGAAAUGAAGACAUGCGGAAACAUCUCACGAGGAAAAACAUUCAUUACUGAAAUGAAGACAUGUGGAAAUGUCUCACGAGGAAAAACAUUCAUUACUGAAAUGAAGACAUGCGGAAACAUCUCACGAGGAAAACAUUCAUUACUGAAAUGAAGACAUGUGGAAAUGUCUCAAGAGGAAAAACAUUCAUUACUGAAAUGAAGACAUGCGGAAACAUCUCACGAGGAAAAACAUUCAUUACUGAAAUGAAGACAUGUGGAAAUGUCUCACGAGGAAAAACAUUCAUUACUGAAAUGAAGACAUGCGGAAACAUCUCACGAGGAAAAACAUUCAUUACUGAAAUGAAGACAUGGAAAAAUAUCUCACGAGGAAAAACAUUCAUUACUGAAAUGAAUACAUGGAAAAAUAUCUCACGAGGAAAAACAUUCAUUACUGAAAUGAAGACAUGGAAAAAUAUCUCACGAGGAAAAACAUUCAUUACUGAAAUGAAGACAUGCGGAAACAUCUCACGAGGAAAAACAUUCAUUACUGAAAUGAAGACAUGG